AUGGCUUUCUUCGGACGCCUCGUCUACGUCCUCUGUCUCAUGGUCAACGCCAUCGCCGUCCUUUCGGAAGACCGCUUUCUCGCCAGGAUCGGAUGGGGUCGCACACAAACCGACCCCUCUUUUGGCUCAACAUACGACAGUACCAGCGUCAAGGCGAAAUCGGUAGAUCUGAUCGCAAGUGUGCGCACCGUGAUGCGAAUACCUCUCAUCGUCAUUAAUACUAUUAUUAUCGUUUACGAGUUGAUUCUCGGGUGA